AUUAGUUGUCAAGACUGUAUCCUGUUUCAGUUUACUUCCUAUAAGAGUCAAUGGGUCAAAUUCGAGUACUUAGAUCUCACUUUGUUCUGACAUGGAAUUUGAAGUAGCACGAGAAGCGUUUUCGGACCUGAGCACCGUUCCUGCUUGUACCAAAAACCCAAAUCAUGAAAAGUUUAUUAAGUUUGAUGAGUUUAAAGUAGAAGAUUUACCAGAAGAUAUGAGAAGAGAAGAGAUUUAUCAAUAUAUAAAGAAUAUUGGACUUAGAGUCGUCAGGUUAACUGUUAAAAAGGAUGACGAAUCUACUGUCUGGGGUACAGGCGUUGUAUAUAAAGCUGGAAUUUAUUAUGGUAUUCUGACGAACGACCAUGUCGUAGCCUCUCAAACCGAUGUCGAAAAUUGUACCAUAGAUUUCUUUUACCAUACAGAAGGGCAGCCAUUGAUACAAAGUAAAGGACAGGCCUUACAAAUAGGAUCAGCGAUUCAGGAUAAAAGCAUCUUCACUUUUUCACCUAUUCCAGAAUCUUUAGAAAGAAUGAAGCUGAAGGACAACUCCGACAGUUUAGCUCAGGUAACGCUCAUAUUUGACGAUGGAUCUAAAAGUACAGUUGUUGGAUGUAUUGCUCGGGAAAUGUCUAAAUGGUUUGUACUUGUUCCAAGAGAUAAUCAAGAACAAAUUGUCGCUGUGGAGGUCGUAUUUUUUGAAGCUAAGACUGGAAGAAGCUACCUUUACGAAGCUGGUUCCGAAUUAAUCGAUGUAUCAGACCCAAAAGCAGUCCAGAUUGAAGUUCCAGACGACAAUGUGCCACAAUUUGUGAAAGAUUUCACAUUUGACAAAUUCAAAGCUCCUUGGCCAAAGGGAAAUGGUAACUUCACCCCAUUAGUGAUAGCCCAUCCGCAUGGUGGACCAAAAACUAUAACAAUGGGCAAGCUUCUUGAUUUUGAAGAUCGUGGCCGCAUUGCAUUGAUUCAUCAUACAGCUGAGACGUGCCCUGGAUCGAGUGGAGGGCUGUUGAUAACUCUUGGUGGAGAUACAUCAUCGUAUUGUGAAUUCUGUAACACAGUAGGGGUACAUUGUGAAGGGCAAAAAGUAGAGGAAUAUAAAGGAAUGAAACUUGAUAAUGGCAACUUGAAUGUGUCGUUGUUCAAUAACUCUUAAACUGUAUCGUUUAAAAAUAUUUCUAUAUUUCUCAAUUGAUGUAUUGCGCACUAUUUUGCUAUUUUGACAGUGAAAAUAUUUUUUUUAUUGCAGUUAUAUAGUUAAACUAGAAAUAUUAGAACAGAAUCAAAAAAUGGUUGUCUGAAGAUCGCAUAGCGUGAAACUCUGGGUAACAAUAACAUGUUAUUUUUAGGUUCUGUUUUAAUAUUUCAAUAUCGCUCUACGAUUGAAGUAUUGAUCACUGUUUUACAGUGAAAAUAUUUCGAUUUUGUAGUCAUUUAACUAUGUAAUUUUCCAACUUCAAGCUUAAGUUAUAAUUGAUAAUCACUCGAAAUCUCUCCACAGUAUUCUAUCUGAGUGUUUUGUCCUAUAUAUAUGAAUCGUUUCAUGUUAAAAAAGAGCAAACAUUUCACUUUAUGUUUCAAAAACAUUAAGUAAUAGGGUUAACUUAGUCUGAAAACCUAUACUCAUUACAUUCAGAGUUUCUGAAUAAUACUCUCUAAAAAUACUUAGUUUUGAAUAGGGCGUAAAACUCCACUGUAUUUUAUUUCAAUAGGAUCUGGAAGUAGUUGUUGAUAUGUACAUUUUUUGUGUAAAAUCUUAUUUCUUUUACCAUUGAUAUAAUAAUAUUUUUAUGAGAUUAUUAAAACAUUUAUACAUU